CAUCGCGUCCCACAAGCACGAGAGCUUGAUCGAUCUGUAGCAGUAGCACUAUCUACAUUGCAUAUCGCAUUGCUAGCAGCUAGUAGUGCUAGCUAUUCUCUGCCCGCCAUGGCGUCUUCUUCGGUGUCAGCCUUGCUGCUCUUUCUGUGCUUGGCCGCGGUGGCGUCAGCGCAGCUCUCGCCGACGUUUUACGACACGUCGUGCCCCAACGCGCUGUCCACCAUCAAGAGCGCCGUGAACGCCGCCGUGCAGAAGGAGAACCGCAUGGGGGCCUCCUUGCUCAGGCUGCACUUCCACGACUGCUUUGUCCAGGGGUGCGACGCGUCGGUGCUGCUGGCCGACAACGCCGCCACGGGCUUCACCGGCGAGCAGGGGGCGUUACCCAACGCGGGGUCUCUGAGGGGCUUCGACGUCAUCGCCAACAUCAAGACGCAGGUGGAGGCCAUCUGCAAGCAGACCGUCUCCUGUGCCGACAUCCUCGCCGUCGCCGCCCGGGACUCUGUCGUCGCGUUGGGAGGGCCGUCAUGGACGGUUCCUCUGGGUCGGAGAGACUCGACGACGGCGAGCCUGUCCCUGGCGAACAGCGACCUGCCGCCGCCCUCCUUCAACCUCGAACAGCUCAUAAAAGCGUUCGGCAACAAGGGUUUCACCGCGACGGAGAUGGCCACGCUCUCUGGCGCGCACACCAUCGGGCAGGCGCAGUGCCAGUUCUUCAGGGAUCACAUCUACAACGACACCAACAUCAACUCCGCGUUCGCGACCUCGCUCAAGGCCAACUGCCCCCGUUCCACCGGCUCCGGCGACGGCAACCUGGCGCCGCUCGACACCACCACGCCGUACAAGUUCGACAACGCCUACUACAGCAACCUACUGAACCAGAAGGGGCUCCUGCACUCGGACCAAGAGCUCUUCAAUGGCGGCAGCACCGACAACACCGUCAGGAACUUCGCGUCCAACUCGGCGGCCUUCAGCAGCGCCUUCGCCGCGGCCAUGGUGAAGAUGGGCAACCUCAGCCCGCUCACCGGCUCCCAGGGCCAGAUCAGACUCACCUGCUCCAAAGUGAACUAAGAACUAAUCACCAUAUUAUACAGAAAAGCGUUUAUAUACAUGCGAAAAUAAGGCUAGGCCAUCAUAGUUCGUAGUACUAGCUAGUAGUGGUAUGUUUUACGAAUUGAAAGAGACGCCGUGUGACUUUGAGAUACUACCUGCAAAAGCAGUACGUAUAGUAUCUUAUCAUGAGCUCCAUCAAUUGCUCAAAGAAAAGACGUAACUACGUUAUGCGUUUCAGAGGCUUUAUGCAAAGGCAUGAAGCGAGGAUUCCGUUGCUUAA